AUGGACCGGAUUCCCCUCCUGCUCCUGCAAGACACUGAAGCAGAAGACAAUGCUCAGUUGCAGCGCCUCCUCCUGCUUGGUGCUUGCACAGCAGGUGUUAUAGAAUCAGAAUGGGAACGAAUUCAGCACCGCAACCCAACUCGUCUGUACCUUACACGUCCUCAACUCAUGCCCAACCCACAAGUUGAGUCUGCAUGGAUGCAUCUUUGGCAUGGACAGGAAGGCUGUGCAUUUAUAACCACAAUGGGGGUGGAUGUUGCCACAUUUGAUUAUAUUUUGAAGGGACCAGGUCGUUUCCAAGAGACUUGGGAUAAUACACCUAUCCCUCAUGCUGAUGUGUCAUCGAGAGGAGCACCUCGCCUUGGAGGAAGAUCUCUUGAUGCUGCUAGUGCACUCGGAUUAGUUCUCCAUUACCUCUCAUUCUCUGUCAUGCACUGA